UUCGCAGUCGAUCUGAUCCAUCUUCCACCCCGCGAUCUUCUGCUUCCUCGAUCCAUUGCCAUCCCACCCGUUCCAUCAAAUCCCCCCCGUCAUCGUCUCAUCCAUCUUUGAGUGUCUUUGGUUCCCCUUUGUCUUUCAAAGCCAUCUCUGCUCUUCCGGUGGCGCAAGAUGAAGCUCACGUUCAAAGAUCUGAAACAACAGAAGUUUGUUAUCGAUGCAGAGCCAUCCGAGACGGUCGGGCAAGUGAAGGAGAAGAUUUCCCAGGAGAAGGGCUGGGAAGUUCCUCAACUGAAACUGAUCUACUCCGGAAAAAUCCUGCAAGAUGACAAAACCAUCGAAACGUACAACAUUGAGGAGAAGGGCUUUAUAGUGUGUAUGGUGUCCAAGCCCAAGGGCUCGUCCUCCACGGCCACUCCUUCGCAAGCUCCCUCCACACCCUCAAGAGCCGCUGCCUCGACGCCAGCUGCACCUUCCGCCCCGGCUCCAUCUACGAACACUUCUGCUCCGGCUGUCCCCGCGACCCCGUCUCCGGCUGCCGCCAAUACCGCCCAGUCGCAAUCGUCGUUCAAUGAUCCCUCCACCCUGUUAAGUGGCACCCAGAGUGAGCCAGUUAUCGCUCAAAUGGAAAGCAUGGGUUUCCCGAGAUCCGACAUCAACCGUGCGAUGAGAGCCGCGUUCUUUAAUCCCGAUCGCGCCAUCGAAUAUCUUUUGAACGGAAUCCCAGAGAACAUCCAACAGGAGCAGCAGCAACAGCAGCAGCAACAGCAGCAGCAACAGCAACAGGCUGCCGCUGCCGCCUCGCAAGAUGCACCCCCUGCCUCCGGAGAAAGCGCCCCCACCACGACCGGCGUUGACGAGCCCGUCAAUCUUUUCGAGGCGGCCGCUCAGGCCGGUGGCCAGGAGGGCGGCCGUGGGGCUCGCAGCGGAGGUGCUCCAGCAGCCGGUGGCGAAGGGCUGCCUAACCUUGAUUUUCUCCGGAAUAACCCGCACUUCCAGCAGCUGCGCCAGCUGGUCCAACAGCAGCCGCAGAUGCUCGAGCCCAUCCUCCAGCAGGUCGCCGCUGGCAAUCCCCAAAUUGCGCAGCUUAUUGGACAGAACGAGGAACAAUUCCUUCAGCUUCUGAGCGAAGAGGAUGAUGCCGCACUGCCCCCCGGCACGCAUCAAAUCCACGUGACUGAAGAAGAAAGAGAUGCUAUUGAACGUCUCUGCCGCCUCGGUUUCUCACGCGAUCUGGUUAUCCAGGCGUAUUUUGCCUGCGAUAAGAACGAAGAGUUGGCAGCAAACUACUUGUUCGAGAACCCCGACGACCCCGACGACCUAUGAUACCGAUUUCGGGACUCGGCCACAGGAGGUUCGGUCAUACGAUGCGGUGACUUUCCUUUGUUUCUCUUCAUAACGAUUUUUUUUUUGUUU